AUGGGUCAAGUAAAAAAUCCAAACAACAACGCUUGGUAUCAGACUAUUAAAAAACCAAGCUGGACACCACCAAAUUGGGUUUUUGGCCCUGCAUGGACAGCUUUGUAUACGGGAAUGGGAUAUGCGUCUUACAUGGUUUAUGAAGAUUGUGGAGGCUUAACAGAGAAAGCAGUACUUCCACUGGCUUUAUAUGGGGGUCAGCUGAUCUUAAACUGGACCUGGACGCCUGUAUUCUUUCGUAUGCAUAAAGUUGGCUGGGCAUUUUUCCACAUAUUAGCAUUGGACGCAGCAGCUGUGGCUUGUGCAGUUAGCUUCUUCAAAAUCAACACCAACACGGUAUAUCUCAUGACUCCAUAUCUAUGCUGGCUGGCUUUCGCAACAUGUCUUAACCAUUCCAUUUGGGAACUUAAUAAAGACGACCCAAAGAUUCAGUAA